AUGCAGAGACAGGGGCUGGACGUUGUAAAGGUCUUUCAUCCAGAUAUGCUAAGAGGCGAAAUUUCAUGCACGAGUAUGAUCACAAAAAAUGACACAGCCAAACAAAUUGCCAUUAUUUUUAGAGGAUCUACAGUGAUACAGGAUUGGAUUAUCGAUGUUCUAUCCACCCCUAUUCCAUUCAUUCUCGCUCCUACCCCCUAUCAGCCCGUCAGUGGAGCUGCAAAGUGCCCAGGGAACUGUCUCACGCACACUGGCGUCUACGAUCAAUUUAAAAAAGCAUUUAAGGAUAUUUAUGCUGUUUUUAAGCCGCUAAAAGACACACAUCCGGAUUAUGAGGUGAUAGUUACUGGUCUUUCCUUAGGUGGCGGCUAUGCUCACUUUAUGGGUAUUGAGUUGCAACUUCUGGGCUACAAGCCUCAUGUUUGCGCCUUUGGAUCAUUGCGUAUAGGCAAUAAGGACUUUAACGAUUGGGUGGAUGAUAUAUUUCAGUCGGAAGACGUAUCGAGAAGAAUCAGAAAUAAUGAGAUGCCCAGGAACGCAUUUUAUGUGGUUAUGCAGGAAUGGGACAUUGUAUCCAUGAUACCAGCGGGGCCAACAUUCACUCGUUCUGGAGUCGAAUUCAAAAUCAGAAAUGAUGAAACGUUUUUCCCCGAAAAGAAGGAUAUCACAUUUGAAGGGGCUAAGCAGCCUUUGAAGGAUUUUUUCUCUGAAUAUGUACUCUCAGGAAGACUCUUGGAUGUUCUUCGUACCAUUGUGCAUCUCAAUUAUUUCAGACGCCAGGGGUGGCCCUGCUUGCCUGAUAGUUCAUCUCUGGAUGGAAGAUGGCAUUGA